GUUUAAGUAUGCUUGCAAGACCCCGAAACUCCGUCAUGGAAACGCAAGCAGCUAUCCGCGAUAAAUUGAAUUCCUCGCCAAAUCCACUGCCGUCGUCUUCCUUCUCAAAUUCUAAAUCCAGCUUCGAAAUUUCAGCAGCUCUGCUCCAUUCUGUGUUUUUUUUUUCCCAAACGUUCAAUGCCUUCCUCGCUCACCUUUAAUUGCGCUAUUGUGACCGGCGGCGCUGGAGGCUUAGGCAGAGGGAUCGCAGAGUAUCUCCUCAAGGCGGGAAAGAAGGUGAUAUUGGUUGGGCGAACGGAGUCAAAGCUAGAAAAGACGCAUAAAGAAAUUGGAUCGGCCGGAUACUAUGUGCUCGACACGGGAGACGUAGAUAGCGACGCCAUUGCCAAGUUCGUGGCCCAAGUGACCGAGGAGCAUCCCGACGUCGACUGUCUGAUCAACAACGCGGGCAUUCAGAAGCCUCUGUUCGCGACAAAAAUGGCGCCAGAGGACUUCAUGCGUCUCGGCACCAGCGAGAUGAACAUCAACAUCCGUGGGCCCAUCGCGCUGGCUCUGCACAUGCUCCCCCAUCUGAAGUCCAAACAAAAUCCUUGCAUCAUGAACGUGACCUCUGGCCUGGCCUACGUCCCUGUCCUCGCCUCAUGCCCUGUCUACUGCGCGACCAAAGCCUUCAUGCACAGUUUCACCAUGAACCUGCGCACGCAGCUUGAAUUUGAUGACAGCACGAAGCACAUCAAUGUGAUUGAAAUCGUACCGCCCCAGGUUGAGUCGGAUCUUCAUCGAGACCAUAGUGAUCCUGAUAACAACAAGAGAACCAAAAGUCCUACAUCCAUGUCCCUGGAAGCAUUUAUAGCCGAUGUUGCGGAAGGCUGGGAAGCGGGUGACACUACAGUUGCAGCAGGGAUGGCAAAGAUGGGUGUGAAAGCGUGGUUCAAACAGUUUGGAGAAAUAUACGAGCAGCGAAAAAAGAUGGACGCAUAGCGACUAGCAGCUCAAUCCCAUCCAUAGACGGGAUUCCAUAGUAUAAGAAGGAUAAAGAAUGACUGCAAAAAGACAGGAUCCAUGUCUAACGAUGUUCAGCACGGUCUUUUUCCGCGCAGUUCGCCAGCGAUGCAUUUCAUGUUGACGGAAGAAUGUUCUCAAGGAUCCAAGCGCAAGUCUUUCCAAGCGACGAGACACCAAUCUAGGACUGUGUGGUGGUAUACUACAGAUGCAUCUUCCCUG